UGCCAGGAUGCGCCAACUUCGGAGGAGCUGGAGCAGUUCGCCAAGGACCUCAAGCACAAGCGCAUCAUGCUGGGCUUCACCCAGGCUGACGUGGGGCUGGCUCUGGGCACCCUCUAUGGGAAGAUGUUCAGCCAGACCACCAUCUGCCGCUUCGAAGCGCUCCAGCUCAGCUUCAAGAACAUGUGCAAGCUGAAACCACUGCUGCAGCGUUGGCUCAAUGAGGCGGAGAACACGGACAACAUGCAAGAGAUGUGCAAUGCAGAGCAAGUGUUGGCCCAAGCCCGGAAGAGAAAACGCAGGACCAGCAUCGAGACCAACGUGAAGGGGACACUGGAGAGCUUCUUUCGCAAGUGCGUGAAGCCCAGUCCCCAGGAGAUCUCCCAGAUCGCCGAGGACCUCAACCUGGACAAAGACGUGGUCCGGGUCUGGUUCUGCAACCGGCGUCAGAAAGGCAAACGGCUGCUGCUGCCCUUCGGCAACGAGGUGGAGGGGGUGAUGUACGACAUGAACCAGUCCCUGGUGCCCACCGGCCUGCCCAUCCCGGGGACGUCCCAGGGCUACAGCCUGGCUCCCCCC